AAAACAUUGUCAAAGUCAUACAAGUUUUUCGUAAACAAGCAAGUUAUAAAAAAUAAUUAAACAAUGCCUAAUUAACCAUUUAACUAUGUAAUAACUAUAACAAAACAAACCAAAAAAAUAGUAAAAUGUAUUUCAACAAUAAAACGUAACGACAAGAAAUGAAAAAAAUACAAACAUGAAAUUUUUAAAAGUUUUUUUGACUCUCGCUAUCAUUUUCACAGCUUAUAUUGGAGACGAAAUAGUUUUUCGAUCAAGAUAUUCAACCUCUUUAGCGUUUCGCGCCAUAACUGACAGUAUGGUGCAUGCGAGCCUUGGAUUUUUAUCUUCCUUGAUAUUUUUCAGCCAUGAACACACUAUUCAUGUGGAGAAUACUGUUAUAAAUGUAACUUUUUGUACAUUAUUGUCGUCUCUUAUAGAUAUAGACCACGCUUUUGUAGCUAGGUCUGUUUAUUUGAAGGACAUGACCAACUUAAAAAGCAGAGGCAUAUUCCACUGCACAACUUUCUGGCUGCUUAUAACUACUCUAAUUUUAUCAUACAGUUAUAUACAAAAGAAAUUAAAUUUAUACUUACUAUCAUUUAUGAUAAUUUUAGCAUAUACUAGUCAUCAUUUAAGAGAUGGUAAUAGACGUGGUCUAUGGUUUUAUCCUUUUGGAAGCUCGCCGCCCAUAGAUAAGAGUUUAUACCUCUUUCUUUUAGCUGUGUUGCCGCAUCUGUUUGCUUGUGCCUAUCAGACUUUCAAAGGAGGUUUUACUAAAAGUUAUGUGGUUGAUUAUAGUAUAGUUGUUUAGGCCUUUUGAUAUUAAAUGUGAUAUAUUUAUUUAAUAGCUGUUUUUGGGAUUUACUUUGUAAUAGCUGGUUCCUGUGGUUAAAAUGGUUUCCUAAGGAAACGACUACCUGAUCUGGGUUAAAAUUAAGCCUAUCUCGUCAUGUCGCUUAAGGUGGAUUAUUAUCAUCUUCAUAAAUAUUUGCUAAGCCCUCACAGAGUAAUGUAUACCUUGGAUAAGGAUGCAUUUCUGUACCUAGAUACAUUUUGCUAUAAAUAUGUUUAAUUUGAAAUUGGUUCAGUAGUUUGGCGUGAAAGCGACAGAACAAUUGCAUUUAUAAUAUUUGUGAGUAUUAUAAUGGUAACUCACAGAUGUAAAUAAUGGUAAAGGUUCAACCUUAAUUUUUAAACUCAAGGGAUUUUACUUGUUUCUACUAAUUACGAAUUUGGCAUUUAUGAAUAAGGAAACAGGCCUAUAGUUUUUGUACCAUAGUUUUUAUUAUAAGUAAAUUAAGUGCAAUAUCUAUUGAAACUUGUUAUUUUUUAUUUAAAUUAUAGAAAUAAAUUGUUCUUAAUUCCUAUAUCA